AUGCGGUUUCAUGCAUUGCGACUACUGUUCAAUUAUCUUCUCAUCGUCACUUUCGUGGAUGGUGCAGCCGAUCCGAUGUUCAUGUUUAUCAAUGAGCCGAAGAGGCUGAGCUACACAUAUCAAUUGCAACCCUCGUACAGUGUUGGAUCAAAGUGGCCGUUGUAUCCGAGAAAGAAAGCCGAACUCGAGUACGCGUACCCUCCACACGGAUGUGAGCCACUGAAAAACGUUGAUCUCCUUGAUAAAGUUGUGCUUUUCGAAAGAGGAGAAUGCUCGUUCGUCGAUAAAGUGAUUCAUGCUGAAGAGGCUGGAGCUUAUUUCGCCAUCAUCACCGAUUCGGCGAGAGGUGGAGACGAGGUAGUUGAUAUGAUCACGGACAACACGAAUCGUAGAGCCGAUAUCCCUGCUGCGUACUUGAGUGGAGCAAGCGGGCGUCGUCUACGAGACUUUUUGCUGUAUGGUGGUCAAAAUGGUGGUUAUGUGCUGGUGACAAUCCCGUUGAAUCACACGAAUACCCUCUUGCGAGAUGUACCCAGUAAACCGCCAUGGGAACUUUGG